GCUUCUUUGAUGGAAGUGUCCCUAAUUUAGCUAUUGCUGAUGGAGAUCUACUUAAAACUGUUUUGGUCAAAGAAUUCUCAAAUUUCCAAAAUAGAAGAAAAAUGCCAGCAGUUUUUGGACCAAUCAUUGACAAGAUGUUAACAGACUUAGUUGAUGAUGAGUGGAAAACAACAAGAAAUGUGAUGACCCAAGCAUUCACUAGUGGCAAGAUUAAACGGAUGAUGGAAAGUUUAAACAUGUAUAACAAUACCCUAUUAGAAAAGAUGGGAGAAAGAGCGGACGCUGAUGACAUGUUUGAAUUCAAAGAUUUGGUUGGAAAAUGCACUUUGGAUAUAGUUGCAGCGAUUGGGUUUGGAAUAGAUGCACAAGUUCAGAAUAAUCCAAAGUCUGAGUUUAUUACCCAUUCUGCUGAGUUUUCUCAAGCUGGAUUUUUCAGAGUCGCCGCAGGGAUAAGUAUGUCAUCUUCAGGAUAUUUGAAGAAUUCCCUUUUUUCGAAACAAGACAUAUAUGUCCUUUGUCCAAAGGAUAAAGAACACACACUACGUGUAAUCAAAUUCUGUGUAAACAUUCAGAAACAUAUUUAAACAUUAAAUAUCGAUGGUACUUGGAAAAGUCCACCUAUCGCAUAUGAAAAAAACACGAUCAUGUAUGCUUGCACAAUGACUAGAGGGGAAAGAAGAAUUAAAGGAACAAAGUAAAAAAUGGAACACUGAAAAGAAUGUAUAAAAUAUUUGUUAUUAAACGGUUAAUGGUUGAGACAAAGAACAAACCAUGACUUUUUCCAUUUUCAAAUUUGCAAAUUGGUAUAUUAAUGUUAUAAUACCUUUACCAAAAAUAACACUCUCAAUCAAAAUUGGUGACUUUAGUUGCUGUGCUUGCACCUGCUUUGGCUCCAUUGGUUAUAAAGUCUGGGAUGGGAGCAAUUCCACAAGAGACAAAUGCAUUCUUUAAAAACAUUAUGGCUCAGGCAAUAGCAAAUAGAAAGGCUGAUCCAAAUAAACAUAAUGACUUUCUGAGUCUCAUGCUGAAGGCCCAAGAUGUUGAGGAUGAAGAUAAAAGACUUAAAGAUGAUGUGAUUUUGGCAAAUGCGAUCAUAUUUAUCCUUGCUGGAUAUGACUCAGUCUCUACUACAAUUAGCUGGGCUGCUUAUGAAAUGGCUCUUCACCAGGACAUCCAAGAAAAGGUUUAUGAAGAGGU